CUCUCGCGAGAGUUCCCGCGCAUCGCGGCACAGCGGCAAUGGCGGCGGCGCUGGUGGCGGCCAAACGGCUGCUCCGGUUCCCGCUGGUGCUGGGGGGGCCGCGUCCGGCAUGGAUUUCCCAAGAUGCCGAGCGGCUGCACCUGCCCCCUCACCGCAGCAUUCCCCCCCCAGCUAAAUAUGGGGGGCGCCACACAGUGACCCUGAUCCCGGGGGAUGGCAUUGGCCCAGAGCUGAUGCUGCACGUCAAGGAGGUGUUCAGGCAUGCCUGCGUCCCUGUGGACUUCGAGGAGGUUCGGGUCAGCGCCGAGGCACCCGAGGCCGACCUGGACAGUGCCAUCACUGCCAUCCGCAGGAACGGGGUGGCCCUCAAGGGGAACAUCGAAACCAAUCACAACCUGCCCCCCAGCCACAAGUCCCGCAACAACCUGAUCCGCACGCGGCUGGACCUCUACGCCAACGUCAUCCACUGCCGGAGCCUGCCCGGGGUGGAGACUCGGCACCGCGACGUCGACAUCCUGAUGGUGCGGGAGAACACCGAGGGGGAGUACAGCAGCCUGGAGCAUGAGAGCGUGGCAGGCGUGGUGGAGAGCCUGAAGAUCAUCACCGCCGGGCGCUCGCGGCGCAUCGCUCACUACGCCUUCCAGCUGGCGCGCGCCGCCGGCCGCCGCUCCGUCACCGCCGUGCACAAAGCCAACAUCAUGAAGCUGGGGGAUGGCCUCUUCCUGAAGUGCUGCCAGGAGGUGGCAGCAGAGUACCCGGAGAUCAAGUUCAGCAGCAUGAUCGUGGACAACACCACCAUGCAGCUGGUGUCCAGGCCGCAGCAGUUUGACGUCAUGGUGCUGCCCAACCUCUACGGCAACGUCGUCAACAACGUCUGCGCCGGGCUGGUCGGCGGCCCCGGGCUGGUGCCCGGCGCCAACUACGGCCACGACUACGCCGUCUUCGAGACUGCCACGCGCAACACCGGCAAGAGCAUCGCCAACCGCAACAUCGCCAACCCCACGGCCGCCCUGCUGGCAGCCUGCAUGAUGCUCGACCACCUCAGCCUCCACAACCACGCCUCCAACAUCCGCCAGGCCGUCCUCGCCUCACUGGAUGAUCCCCGCGUAAGUCCCGCCCCCCCACCCACACUCCUGACAUCGGUGGCCAGGGCACCACCUCGGGGGCGGUGCAGAGCAUCAUCUCCCACCUCUCACCUGCCUAGAGACCAGGGCAUGGCCCCGGGCCACGCCCACCCCACGCACAAGCCCCGUGUGGACCACCAAUAG